AUGGCUGAGUUUGUACAUAAGAACUACACAUACAAGGGUUACGCAUGGCCUCUAUAUAUUGAUAAAACAAAACUGGAGGACGGACUGCUGAAUACUUUCAAAUUUCGUCAAGAUGACGUUAUAGUUACAGGAUUCCCCAAGUCAGGUAACACAUGGAUGUUAUUUCUUCUGCAAGAACUGUACCCCGAUUUAAAUGUGUUUGAACACGGCGAGAAGAGAAUACCCCCCAUGAUAAUGUGGCUGCUGCAACGGUCAUUUAAUGAACCGACGCCUCUGCAGAAGACGGUUAUUUCUUUUAAGCAUGACCCGGACGCGACGCCCUCACCGCGACUUAUAAAAUCGCAUCUACCAUAUGAAGUAUUUCCUAAACAAGCAUUCCAGGUCGGAGCGAAAGUGAUAUACAUCACUCGUAAUCCUAAAGAUGUCGCGGUUUCUAGUUACCAUUGGCAUGCGAAGACCAACAGACUUCGGGGCAAGCUUACCUGGGAAGACCAUCUCAGCGAAUUCGUAAAUGACAAACUCCCAUUCACACCGUGGGUGGACCACGUAGCUGGUUGGAGGGAACAUGGCCAAGACGAGAACGUGUUUCACGUCACUUACGAAGACAUGAUAAAAUACACCAAGAAGACUGUGUACGCAAUAACAGAGUUCCUUGGUCGGUCUCUCCCGGAAUCACGAAUAGAAAGCGUAAUUUUGAAGACCUCAAUUGAUAAUUUACGCAACAAUCCAGAGUCUGCUUCAAAAAUUGACAUGGACGAAGAGAUAAUGUCUGGAUUUGCGGCUGCCUUUUUUAGGAAAGGAGUAGUUGGUGACUGGAAGAAUCAGUUCACUGUGGCUGAGAAUGAGAUGUUUGAAGUUAGCAUAGAUAAGAAGAUAAGAGAGAAGGGCGUAGCAUGUGUGUAUAAAAUGUAA